AUGGUGGUUGAGUACUUCGCUGAAGCUUUGGCGCAAUCUGAUCAAGUACAGGUUGAUCAGUCAUGGUUAGAUGUUAUCCCCUCAAUUGUCUCCGAGCAGGAGAAUGAGGCUCUUCAACAAGUCCCUACUGAGGAAGAGGUUAAAAAAGUGAUUUUCCAGAUGAAUGGGGAGAGUUCCUUAGGGCCAGAUGGGUUUACGGGUUCUUUCUUCACUUCCUGUUGGGAAAUAGUAAAAGGUGAUGUCUGUCGGGCGGUUUGGGAUUUCUUCGCUGGUGCGCAGCUGCCUUGGGGAUACACAUCGACUCUGCUGGCUUUAAUUCCGAAAAUAUCAGGGAAGAAGGUUAGGGGAUCAAAUGUUGCGCUGAAGUUGGAUAUGGUCAAAGCAUAUGACCAGGUCUCUUGGUGUUUUUUAAUUCAAGUUAUGCGAAAAUUUGGUUUUGGGGAGCGCUGGAUAGAUAUGAUUUGGCUGUUGAUCUCCUCAUGCCAUUUCUCUGUUCUGCUUAACGGAAAACCCUAUGGUUUUUUCAGAUCAUCUCGGGGGUUGCACCAAGGGGACCCAUUAUCCCCGGCCCUAUUCAUCAUUGCGGCUGAGGUCCUUUCGAGGGGCUUGAAUACUUUGGUGGGGGACCGGCAAUUUUCUCCGUACUUUGUUGCCCGGGGAUAUCCUCCGUUGACACACCUUGCCUAUACUGAUGACAUCAUUAUUUUUUGUAAUGGUAGUAAACGUUCGUUAGCAUGUGUUAUGGAGGUAUUGGGCAAAUAUCAGAGGAUCUCAGGACAGUUGGUGAAUGCUUCUAAGAGCUAUUUUUUGGUGGACAGGAUGGUAUCGCUUAUACGGUGUAGGGUGAUUGCACGGACCACGGGGUUUUCUUUUAAAGAGCUACCAGUCACUUACUUGGGUUGCCCCUUGUAUGCUGGGAGAAGGGUGAGAUCCUUGUUCAAUGGUUUAUUGGAUAAAGUUUCACAGCGUUUGAAUUCUUGGCGAGGCCGGUGGCUGUCAAUGAGUGCUCGUGCUAUACUCAUUAAGCAUGUGCUGUCCUCAAUCCCGAUUCAUAUUCUGGCAGUAUUGGUGCCUCCAAAGGGGGUAAUUGCUGAGUUGGAAUGGGUGUUAGCACAAUUUUUUUGGGGGGAAUCAGAGUUUGGGUUUAAGUGGCAUUGGUCAGCAUGGAAGAUAUUAUGUCAUCCCGUGGAGGAGGGGGGAGUAGGUUUUCGUUCAUUACAGGCCAUUAUUGAAGUUUUUUCCUGUAAGUUUUGGUGGUUGUUUAGAUGUGGACUUUCGCUCUGGGCCCAGUUCAUAAGGGCUAGGUAUGUUGGUGAGUUACAUCCAAAUCAGGUCUUUAUUUCUCCUAAGUUUUCCCCUAGUGGUAAACGAAUGUUUGGGGUUCAAUUUUCCAUGGAGAUGUGGCUAAAAUGGGAUUUGUCUAGGGGUGAUGUUGCCUUCUGGUGGGAUAAUUGGAGUGGGCUAGGUCCGUUGGCAUGGAGGUUUCCAGAUUUAGCGUCAAACACUUGGGUUUAUGAUUUUUUGCAUGAGGGCCAAUGGGAUCAUUUGGCCUUGGCUGCCUUCCCUUCAGAGGUUACAGAGUCGACUGCUGAUUCUUUCUUUUGUUUUGGUAAGGUUCCCGAUGGCCUAGUUUGGACCUUACAACCUUCGGGGGAGUUUUCUACAAAAUCGGCAUAUCAAGUAGUUCGAUCCUCUGGGGUUCGGUCGUGGGCAUUUGCUUCUAUCUGGCAUUCUUUAAUUCCACAGAAAUUUUCCUUUCUUAUGUGGAGAUUGUUGCAUGAGCAGCUGCCGGUGGAUGAUGUGUUAGCAAAGUUUCAAUCGCUAGGCAUUGCAACUCCUUCAGUUGCUUGUGUUAGGUCACAAUGCUACAAAUGGUGGUUGCUCAGUGUCAAAGGGAGGGCAUUUCGGUGGCUAUCCCCUGUGCUACCGUUGCUUAUUGUUUGGUUUUUAUGGUGGGCUAGAAACAUGGCUCGAUUUGAGGGACGAAGUAUAUCCGUUGGUCAGGUUCGGGGAUGGAUCAUUCAUGAGCUGCGGUUAUUGAUCCAAGUGUACUUUCCGACCAUGACAAGGGUACCACUUCAAUGGGUAGAGAUUCUGGACUCGCUAUCCGGACUUCGGAGGUCCUUAGUUUCCACUCUGGUGCGAUGGGUGUGUCCUUUGGACGGUUUCUUUAAGUUGAAUUCGGAUGGUUGCUCUACUCUUCGAGGUGAGGGUAGUGGUGGAGUGAUUAGAGAUUCCUGUAGAAGGCUCAUUCUGGCUUUUGCUGAUUUCUUUGGUCCGUUGUUUACGGGGGAAGGGAGAGGUCUAGUGGCCAUUUGCCCUGUCGUGCGUGCAAUUCGGAAUGCUGUUCCAGAGUAUCAUCAGUUCAGGCACUAUUACAGAGAGGGAAUGCUGUGGCUGACUCACUGGCUUCCUACAAGAGAGUCUAUCAUCGACAUCUUCUAUGAGAAGCACUUGGGUCAUUUGAUUGAUGUCAUAACAUCCUCAUGCCCACCUGAUAGCAUUGCUCAAGCUGUCAGUAAAUCUGGGAGAUCAGAUGAAGAAAGUGGAAAUCAAAUUAGUGUCAAGCCAGAAAUAUUAUUAAACAUUUGUGAUCUGCUAUGCUUUUGCGUUUUGCACCACCCGUAUAGAAUAAAGUAA